AAAGCUUGAUUUCAUUGAUCAAUAAGUGCAGGCUUUCUUUCAUAAAGUCUGGAUAUAGGCCUUUUUCUGAGUAGAGAAUUUCACAAUUCCUUGGAGUCUCUUUGAGGAACAUGAGUUUUAGGGAGUGCAAUGUAGAAAACGAGAAUCUGUGUCUUCAAACCCCAACUUUCAUCGAGUGGCUCAAACCAUCUUCUUCUUCUGUAAUAAGUUCAAUAUCAUCACCACCUUCUUCCUUGGCUCAGCAUGAUCAACUUUCCCAAGAAACGAUCCAGUUUUUGCCCUUCAAGGAAGACCAUGAAAAAGAUGGUUUAGAAGUGAAAGAAGAGAAGGUGGAACAGGUGACUGUGGCUUUGCACAUUGGAUUGCCUCACACAGUAGACCCUGACACUGAUAAUCAUGAAAAGAAGAUUAUCCAUGUAAAGGAAGAAGAACCCUUGAAGAAAAGCUUCCAGGGUUGUUCUUUUAACCAGGAGAGAAGAUUUUGGAUACCAACUCCUGCACAGAUCCUUGUCGGACCGAUGCAGUUUGCUUGCUCCAUAUGCAGCAAGACCUUCAAUAGAUAUAACAAUAUGCAGAUGCAUAUGUGGGGGCACGGAUCCGAAUUUAGAAAAGGACCAGACUCGCUUAGAGGAACACAACCAGCAGCAAUGCUAAGGCUGCCAUGUUACUGUUGUGCCCAGGGUUGCAAGAACAACAUCAAUCAUCCAAGAGCCAAGCCCUUGAAGGACUUCAGAACUCUCCAAACCCACUACAAAAGAAAGCAUGGUGCAAAACCAUUUAUGUGCCGAAAGUGUUCAAAAUCCUUUGCAGUUAAAGGAGACUGGAGGACUCACGAAAAGAACUGCGGAAAGUUGUGGUAUUGCACUUGUGGUUCAGAUUUUAAGCACAAAAGAUCCCUAAAAGACCAUAUUAGAUCCUUUGGAAAAGGCCACUCCCCACAUCCUUCCCAUGAAGGCUUCGUUGAGGAUGAGAAAGAAUGCUUUACUGGAUCUGAUGAAGAUGAAGUUGCUCAUACAUGAUAUGAUAUGUAAUGUAACAUGCUAUAUAUAUGUGAAAUAUAUAGGUUUUGUCUAAAUUAACUCAAGGAAAAAUGAAACUGAACAAUCUCAUGAUCGGUGCAAUUCAUCCAUGUAUACUAAGAGAAUUGCACCAAUUAUGUAUAUGAUAAGAUGGCUUAUGUUCAUUUUCACUUGAAAUAAGUUAGACAAUUUCUGUAUAAAUAGGUUUAUUUAUAAGUAGUACUAAGUGUAGCAGAUGUCACUGCUGCAUGCCCUUGUGCUCAGUAACAAAAAAUUCUCGAAAUUACUGAGGAAUAUUAGGGAGCGGUUUGCUACCGAGCACUUGCAGGGUGUGAUGUUGUGCAUGCAUUAGUUUGCUUUGUUGUUAAUUAAUAAAGAUUAUGGUUCUUCAAGUGAUGAA